AAUUUCACAUAUUCUUCAACUACAAACAACAACAUAACAUUGCACAUUUUUCCCUCUACUUUCCUUUCACUCACGUCAAGAAGAUGGUUUUGUCUAAGACAGCUUUGACAUCCGAUGAUUCAAUCCAUUCAACUUUUGCUUCUCGUUAUGUCCGCAACUCUAUUCCACGAUUCGAAAUGCCUAAGAACUCGAUCCCUAAGGAAGCAGCAUACCAAAUCAUCAACGACGAGCUCAAGUUCGAUGGUAACCCGCGGCUAAACCUGGCCUCCUUUGUGACCACUUGGAUGGAGCCAGAGUGUGACAAGCUCAUGAUGGAAUCCAUCAACAAGAAUAGCGUUGAGAUGGAACAAUACCCUGUUACCACCGACCUUCAGAAUCGAUGCGUUAACAUGAUUGCGCGUCUCUUCAACGCACCUCUAGGUGACGGUGAAGCCGCCAUUGGUGUUGGCACGGUGGGUUCAUCGGAGGCGGUGAUGUUGGCCGGACUGGCCUUUAAGAGACAGUGGCAAAACAAGCGUAAGGCCCAAGGGCUUCCUUAUGAUAAGCCUAAUAUUGUAACCGGAGCCAAUAUUCAGGUUUGCUUGGAGAAAUUCGCAAGGUAUUUCGAAGUGGAGCUUAAGGAAGUGAAGCUGAGAGAAGGAUACUACGUGAUGGACCCUGAAAAGGCGGUAGAAAUGGUAGAUGAAAACACUAUCUGCGUCGUGGCCAUCCUCGGUUCGACGCUAACCGGAGAAUUCGAAGACGUUAAGCUCCUCAACGACCUCCUAGUCGAGAAGAAUAAGAAAACCGGAUGGGAUACGCCGAUUCACGUGGACGCAGCGAGUGGUGGGUUUAUUGCUCCGUUCUUGUAUCCGGAGUUGGAGUGGGAUUUCCGGUUACCGUUGGUUAAGAGCAUAAAUGUAAGUGGUCACAAAUACGGUUUGGUUUAUGCCGGUAUCGGUUGGGUCGUAUGGAGAACCAAAACCGAUUUGCCUGAUGAACUUAUUUUCAAUAUCAAUUAUCUUGGCGCUGACCAACCCACCUUCACACUCAACUUCUCCAAAGGUUCAAGUCAAGUGAUUGCUCAAUACUACCAGCUGAUUCGUCUUGGAUUCGAGGGAUAUCGCAACGUGAUGGAUACCUGCCAUGAGAACAUGAUGGUGCUAAAACAAGGAUUAGAGAAAACGGGACGUUUUAACAUCGUCUCCAAAGUAAACGGUGUUCCGUUAGUGGCGUUUUCUCUCAAAGACAGUAGCCUCCACAACGAGUUCGAGGUGGCCGAAAUGCUCCGCCGCUUCGGCUGGAUUAUUCCGGCCUACAAGAUGCCCGCAGAUGCGGAACACGUCACGGUCCUUCGAGUUGUGAUCCGAGAUGAUUUCUCUCGAAACUUAGCCGAGAGACUUGUCUCCGACUUCGAGAAGGUUCUACAUGAGCUCGAUACGCUUCCCGUGAGGAUUCGCGCCAAGAUGGCUAAUGGAAAAGUUAACGGCGUUAAGAAGACGGCAGAGGAGAUGCAGAGAGAAGUCACGUCUUAUUGGAAGAAGUUUGUGGAGAAUAAGAAGACUAACAAGAACACGAUCACCAAGUAGUGCUUGGUUCAAUGUUUGGUCCGAUGCUUGGUCAAUGGGUGCAUGUAUUUGCUGAUGGUAAUAUUUAAUAACUCGUCAAUAUUACAUGUUAUGCUUCAUUUGGACGUUUUUUUUUUUUAAUAAGUUAUGUGAUUUGAUGAUAUUGAUGAUGAGUGUUGAUUUAUAAUGUAUUUGAAUGAAAUAAGUUAUAAUAU